AUGAGAGUCUCUACAGGACUGCCACUCCGCAUCUUGACACAUAACAUUCGAUAUGCAACCAACUCUCCGUUCAAAGGUGAGCGACCCUGGGCGGAACGGAAGCAACCUCUCUUGAAUGAGCUGCUGUUCAACACACGCCACCAAGAUGCCUUCAUUUGCCUACAGGAAGUUCUUCACAAUCAGAUCCUCGACAUCCACUCCGGACUCAAUGCAAAGCAGUCUACGACGCCCACAACCGCAGCAGACCCCACCUGGGCAUACAUAGGGGUGGGACGAGAUGACGGGAAGCAAGCGGGGGAGUACUCUCCCAUUUUCUAUCAACCAUCGGUCUGGCAGCUGCAGCAUUGGAAAACUGUUUGGCUCUCUAAGACGCCCGAUCGACCAUCAAAAGACUGGGACGCAGCGUCCAUUCGCAUCGUCACGAUCGGGAUGUUCAGGCACUAUGUAAGUCGGCAGACGAUCCUGGCUUUGAACACCCAUCUGGAUGAUCAGGGUUCUCGCUCGCGGUAUGAAGCAGCCCACAUCAUCCUCCGGAAAAUCCAGGAGUACCGGACGGGGAUGUAUGGGAAAUCUAUCUCUGGCAUCUUCCUUUGCGGUGACUUCAACAGCGAAGAACACCAAGAGGCGUACAAAGUGUUGACGGCGCCCGAGUCUGGACUGGCAGACGCGGGGAAGCUGAUCGAUCCCGCCGAGCACUAUGGGAACCAGAUAACCUGGACAGGGUUCGGCUACGAGAAAGAGGGACCAUCACGUAUCGAUUACAUCCUGCUGGAUCUGGAGUCGGACAAGGUUCUGAGCAACGGUGGACAGCCAUGGAAGGUGGAGGGCUAUGCAACAUUGGCCAAUCGAUUUGACGAUGGCGUGUUUAACUCGGACCAUCGGGCGGUUAUCAGUGACGUGAGGUUGUACAGCUAA